UUGUUAUCUUCUAUUAUGAUUAAGCUGUUAGGUGUUGCCAUCAUUGCAGGAUUGUUUUUCGCUGAAAGCGACCUGCUGGCCAUCGAAGCAGCUGAAGUUAAGUUACCAACCAAACCAACACCCAGCACCUGCCCUACCCACAUCCAAUGCUGGACAGGCUGGUUUGACAGAGAUGACCCUUCUGGAACUGGUGACUGGGAAACCCUCAGUGAUCUUCGCAGAGAGAACCCAGGAAAGAUCUGCCCAGAACCAGGAAGCAUGGAGGUCACGACUCUGUCUGGGCUCAGUGUGGGCACAGCAGGGGAAGUGAUCUUUAGAAAUGACCUGACUGAUGGAUUCGUCUGCAGAAACCAGGACCAGUCUGACAGAACGUGUAAUGAUUAUCGUGUUCGUUUCUGCUGCCCUCCCCAGUACUGUGGUGAAGAAGUCACAGUGUGCUGGACAAGGUGGUAUGACAGGGACGAUCCCAGUGGAACAGGGGACUGGGAGCCUUUGAGCAACCUGAGGAGUGAAAACCCCGGACAGAUCUGUGACAACCCGCUGUACAUUGAGGCUGUCACCACUGGCAAUAAUCCUGUUCUAGCCACCAGCACAGGGCAGACCUUUCAUGUGUAAGUUGCCUCAUAGGGAAAGAACUAAAAAGU